AUGAAAUCAUCAUCAUCAUCAUCAUCAUCAUCAUCAUCAUCAUCAUCAUCAUCAUCAUCAUCAUCAUCAUCAUCAUCAUCAUCAUCAUCAUCAUCAUCAUCAUCAUCAUCAUCAUCAUCAUCAUCAUCAUCAUCAUCAUCAUCAUCAUCAUCAUCAUCAUCAUCAUCAUCAUCAUCAUCAUCAUCAUCAUCAUCAUCAUCACCAUCACCAUCCUGA